GAUCACUUGAAUUUUAAAGCACUCUCCUCCGUCCUCUCUUUCUCUCUGUGCACUUUCUCGCUUUCUUUUCCAUUAGAACUAUUAAGCAUGGAGAUAAUAAUACCAUGUUUCUCAAGGAAGAAACUACAAAAUAUAUUUCUCUUAUUCAUACUGUCAUCACAAAUUUUAUCAUCGCUAAAUAUUGCUAAAGCUGAACUAAAAUCUUCACAAUCCCAUUUCGCUAAAAUUUCUAGAAAACCCAUUUCAUCAAACUUCUGCAAAAACACCCCAUUUCCAUCUGACUGUGAAUCCAUUUUUCUCACCGAUUCUUCCACCUCUUACCCUUCUUCCAAACAAGACUUAUUCGACCACUCCGUACAAUUCACAAUAGGAAAGGCCCACUGGGCCCGAGUCCUGGCCUACAAUCUCAGCCUUACUUCCUCCAAGAGGCUUGGGGCCCACUUAGAAACCGCGGCUAUCAUUGACUGUCUCGACCUCCUGGACGAUACCGUGGACCUUCUCUCAAACGUCGUCGUGUCCCGAAACGAAGUUCCCAAAAGUUAUCGCAACGAUGACGUUCACACGUGGCUAAGCGCCGCCCUAACCAAUCAAGAAACGUGUCUCGAAAGCCUGGAAACGCACCGUUCCGAAUCCGAGAAAGCGACCAUGGCUACCACGGCUCGGAAUCUGAGCCAGCUCAUCACCAAUUCCCUCUCUCUCUACCUUUCCUCAACCAACUCUAAAUCCGGUGCCGGCGGGAGGAGAUUAUUAUCGGUAGGUGAGUUCCCGGCAUGGGUAUCUGCCGGAGACCGGAAGCUUUUGGACACACCGGUGGAGGAGAUUGAAGCGCACGCGGUGGUGGCGAAGGACGGGACUGGGACCCAUGGGACGAUCGGGGCGGCGAUUGAUGAGCUGGCGGCUUCGAUGGCGGAGGGGGGUAGAACUGUAAUUCAAAUUAAGGCUGGGACGUAUCACGAGUAUAUUAAGAUCCCCACUAAGCAGAAGAAUGUUUUGUUGGUUGGAGAAGGAAAGGGUAAAACCGUAAUUGUUGGUAAUAAGAACUCCGAUGAUGGGUCCACAACUUACAACUCUGCCACAGUUGGUGCAAUGGGAGAUGGAUUUAUAGCAAGAGACAUAACAUUUGUGAAUAGUGCUGGACCGGGGAAGCACCAGGCCGUGGCCCUACGCGUGGGUUCAGACAGGUCAGUGGUGUUUCGAUGCUCCGUUCAGGGCUACCAAGAUAGUCUGUACACCCACUCCAAACGACAAUUCUACAGAGAGACUGAUAUCUACGGCACCGUUGAUUUCAUCUUUGGAAACUCUGCUGUCGUUUUCCAAAGCUGUAACAUUUCCCCUCGAAAGCCUUCCUCUAGUGGGCUCAGAAACUUUAUCACGGCACAAGGUCGGUCCAGCCCAGAUCAGAACACUGGCAUAUCGAUCCACAAUUGUAGGAUCUCAGCCGCCUCUGACCUGGCUCCUUCCAAGUCCAGCUACCAGACAUUUUUGGGCCGUCCAUGGAAGCAGUACUCUCGGACAGUGAUUAUGGAGUCGUUUUUGGAUGAUUCCAUAAGCCCAUCGGGCUGGUCACCUUGGUCCGGUGAAUUUGGGCUCAAGACACUUUUCUAUGGUGAGUACAUGAAUUCAGGCCCGGGGGCCUCAACUGGACGAAGGGUUGGUUGGGCCGGGUACCAUGCCUCCCUUACGGCCCCUGAAGCUAAUUCCUUCACGGUUGCUGGUUUUAUCUCUGGAAAUUCUUGGUUGCCUUCUACAGGAGUGUCUUUUGAUUCUGGCUUAGUUGGAUAAAGUAUAAUUAUACCCUGCAUCUACCAUCACUGGAAUUUGGCCAUGGCCACUAAUAUUUAUAAACGUGUGUUUUUCUGUUUGAUUAGAGCAAAAUGCCAAAUGUAUAAAAGCUUUCUUUACUAUCCGAAAAUAAAUAUUUGCAUAUGUGGGAAAGGACCAAACACUGAUGUUUUGUGUAAACGAUGUCAUAUUGUUGAUGGCUAAAAUAUGAUAAAUAAAUGUAAUUAAUUGUAGAACUA